GUUGCCCUUCCACAUAUGUUUGGAUCACCUGCUCAAAAGGGAGGAGCUGAAUUUGGAUUAGCAUGAAAGCCGUCCAUGUGCAACGUUACAAAGGCCAAUGACUGAUGUUGAAUGGAUAUACAGUAUAAUAGCUUCUGAUCCUUCCUCCUUUAUAUCGUAAUAGCAUCUGAUACCUCCUCUCUCGCACCCUGUCAAACGAAGUCUCCGUUACCUCCCUCUCUCGUAUCAUCUAUAGCAUAACCAACGGUCCGAUAUGUGGUUACCUUGCUGCUUCCACUAUUCGUUGAGUCCAUCUAUGGCUCCGGUAGUAAAGGCAAAGUAAAAACAUUCUAACUUCAUAUCCUCUGCAAAGCAAGGAAUAAAUGAACAAACGUGGAAUCUUAAAUUGUGCUGCCUGUCGUCCAUCCCCUCGAGCGCUUUAUAGGCGGUUCAAUCUAGGAGCUCCGACAGUGAGGUCUCUCUCUCUCCACCCCCUUCACACACAAACAAACACGCAAGCAAGCACACAGAGCGUAUUUCCUGUAUCUGCCGUAUCUAUCGUCCUCUCGCUUGCGCUCUGUCAAGCUGCUUUGCUGUCACACUCAAGUAGAGCGCGGAGAAGAACCAUCGAGCUCCGAGUGACGGAUAUCCGACUUCUGCUCCCCGAAACAUCCCCCAGUCCAGCCCUGGAUUCAAUACUUAUCAUCAAUGGACAGAGCUUCCUACCCAACCAGGCGAGGUACAGACACCACGUAAACAGUCCAUACGCUCUGUUGGGAGUCCCUCCUGGAGGUUGGAGGGGGAUGGAGCGUGGUGGUACUGAGAGCCCCUGCCUGCAGGACAGUCCAGAGCAGAGAGGGGACAGCCCGGACACCUGCGCCCCCCCGCCGGGCAAGAUGAGCCGUCUGGAGGGUAACAGGAGCCCCACGGGUCCACGCACGCGCCUCAACGGCACCCCGUUACGGCCCCUCGGAGGUCUGAUGAUCCCUGUGUACUGUGUAGUGGAGCAGGCAGAUGGGGUCGUGUCUGGGGGUGUGGUCUCUGACUGGGAUGGGCGUGGUGACAGACAUGCUGAGUUUGUAUUGGUUCGUAAGGACAUCCUCUUCACCCAGCUGGUGGAGACAGCCCUCGUGGCCCUGGGCUACUCCCACAACUCAGCAGUGCAGGCGAGAGGCAUCAUCAAAGUGGGCCGCUGGAACCCCAUGCCCAUCCACUACCUGACUGACGCCCCCGAGGCCACCGUCGCCGACAUGCUGCUGGACGUCUAUCACAUGGUUACCCUCCGCAUCCUACUGCAGAGCUUUUCCAGGCUGGAGGAUCUGCCGUCAGAGCAGUGGAACCACGCUACAGUGAGGAACGCCCUCAAAGAGCUACUGAAGGAGAUGAACCAGAGUUCCCUGGCCAAGGAGUGCCCUCUCUCUCAGAGCAUGAUCUCUGCCAUAGUCAACAGCUCAUACUAUGCCAACGUGUCCACCUCCAAGUGCCAGGAGUUUGGCCGCUGGUACAAGAAGUACAAAAGGAUUCAAGGUGAAUACCUGGAGAAGAUGUGGUCAGGACGGGAUAAACCUGAUAUUAAAGUGGAGAGGGACAGCAUGUCAGACGUAUGUGGCCUGGGACAGCGCCCCCCCUCUCACCUGACCCCACCAACCCAGCUUGGAGGGUUACCCCUCAAGGUUGGACUAGGGGACCCCCAAACCCCCAGCCAGCAACAGGCCCUCCCCCACCUGUCUCAGCAGCACUCACCCCAUGCCCAGCACCACCACAGCCCACCGCCCAGAGGCCAGGCGCCCCCUCCCGGUCCUCCGGCCUCCCUCCAACCCUUACUGGGCCCGGGCGGUCUCCUCUCCCCCCAGCUCAGCCCUCAGAUGGUCAGGCAACAACUGGCCAUGGCCCACCUCAUCAACCAGCAGCUAGCUGUUAGCCGCCUGCUAGCCCACCAGCACGGUCCGCAGGCCCUCCACCAGCAGCAGCACCAACAGUUCCUCAACCACCCACCCAUCCCGCGCUCCUGCAAAGCCCCAGGAGUCCUCACCGAUCCUGGGAUGAAUCCGUCGGCCGUGGAGGUCUGUCCGGACAUCUACCAUCAGGUCAGAGAGGAGCUGAAGAGGGCCAGCGUCUCUCAGGCUGUGUUCGCCAGGGUGGCCUUCAACCGCACACAGGGCCUGCUGUCUGAGAUCCUUCGUAAAGAGGAGGACCCUCGCCAGGCCUCCCAGUCACUCCUGGUCAACCUCAAAGCUAUGCAGAACUUCCUGAACCUCCACGAGAGCGAACGCGACCACAUUUACCAGGAGGAGCGUGAACGCAGCAUGAACCCCAACCUCAACCUAGGCAAACUGACCCCAACCAAUCAGAACUCCAGCUCCACUGGCCAGCGACUCACACAGGGCUGGCUGUGUGAGCUGCUGCGUUGGAAGGAGAACCCCAGCCCAGACAACCGGACUCUGUGGGAGAACUUGUGUACCAUUAGAAGGUUCCUGACCCUGUCCCAGGCUGAGAGGGACAUGGUGUAUGAAGAGGAGUCCAAGCACCACUACAGUGAGAGGCUUCACACUGUCCUCCACAUGUCUCCAGAAACCCAGGUGAGAGACUCCACUGUCCUCCACAUGUCUCCAGAAACCCAGGUGAGAGACUCCACUGUCCUCCACAUGUCUCCAGAAACCCAGGUGAGAGACUCCACUGUCCUCCACAUGUCUCCAGAAACCCAGGUGAGAGACUCCACUGUCCUCCACAUGUCUCCAGAAACCCAGGCACUGCACAGGCAUCCCUUACCUCCAAGGAAGGCCCCAUCCCCAUCUCCCAUGCGGGACCCAUCCCCUCUCCCCACUCCCACGCCUGGCCCCAGGGGCCACAACUCGGAUGGGACUCGAGGCAAGGACAACGGCAGCGUGAGUGGCAGCUCUAGUGGCGGGUCCAGAAAGCUGCGGUCGCGGACCCGGAUCUCCCUGGAGGCUCUGGCCAUCCUGCAGAGCUUCAUCUGUGACGUGGGCCUCUACCCUGACCAGGAGGCUAUCCACACCCUGUCGGCCCAGCUGGACCUUCCUAAGCACACCCUGGUCAAGUUCUUCCAGAACCAGCGCUACCACAUCAAGCACCACAACAGCACCACCCAGAUGAGCAAUGCAGGGGAGGGGGACGCGGGGGAGGAGAGGGACGGCGAGGGGGUGGAAGGGACUGAGUACCGCGACGGGGAGCUGCUCUCUGAGUCGGAGGGAUCAGACGGCGUCGAGUCCAGUGAGGACGGGCGGGGGGGUUCCGAGGAGACUGACAGAACGGAGGGAAGAGGAGGAGGAGAAAGAGGAGUAGGAGGAAUGGAGGGAGAGGAGGUGAAGGACAAUGGCAAAGCCUCAGGCCCCCGGACCACCUCCUUACCCCCCUAUACGUCCCCAAAGAGUCCCAAUGACUCUGGAGAGCACCAUAGAUAACCCCCUCGGGCCAUGGAGGAGGGAACGACAGACAGACAAGCCCAGGACAGAGGGAUGGGGAGAUGACGACACAGAUAGAACAGAGGGGAGAACGUAUGGACGGAUGAGGAAAGGAUGAGGAAAGAACGUGUCUGGUACUGAAGACCAUGAGGAUGGUUUUAAGUAGAGGAGAGUCCUACCACACCACAGUGGAUGUGGGUACAGGUCAGGACCUAUGGAGGUAGACAGGCAGAGAUGGUGAAAAGACAACAGAGUACCUCAGAAUGAGAGAAGAGAUGCACUCUGGGUAAUGGAGUCAUAGACAAUUACAGGCUGCUGUAAGAACAUGAUUCAUUGUUUAGAAAAUGAAAAUGUUUUCAUUUAUUAAAUGGGCAUAUCCACAAGGAUGAUUAAAACCAAGGCCCCAGUUCUGAGUUUCAUCACAGAGUCUGUCGUCGUAUUCUUAGAGCAGCGCCCUGAGAUACUGUACAGGACGGGAACAGUUUGUUCUGAUUGGUUAUCCUAUGAACGUUCCCAUAAUGUCUGGGAAAUCCUUGCAUUGGCUGUGUGUAAUGCAUUCACUCUCCCUUAACGUCAACAAAUCUUUCCCAUUUCACCAACCUAGCAGCACUUAAAUCAAAACCAUAUUUAAUGUUAUUGUAAUAAUCUUAACUUUAUUGUCCUCAUUAUGGCUGUUAUUCAUAUUUUCUAUUUGAUAUCGGUGAAGAUGUGUGUGAGAUACAUUCACAAAGUGUCUCAUAGUAGGAGUGCUGAUCUCGGAUCAGUUUAUCAUUUUACAUUAUAAUGAAUAAGAUUACAUGGACAGGGGGGACCUGAUCCUAGAUCAGCACUCUGAGACGUUGUAUGAAUACGGGCCAUCGUGAAGUUGUUACUGAACUGAGUGUACAUCUCCAGAUGUACUGUAUGUUGAUCAGUGAUCUGUUUACCGUUUCCAAAACAAACAGUGACCAAUAAAUUAACUUCUGAAAACAAUUGUUGCCAGGUGAAACCUAAUGUUGAAUCUCCUUUUUUAAACUGGCUACAAUCAGCAUCUGAAUGGUUAAUGAGUAAGUGAGGGCUAGAUUCAUGAUAUUACCCUCUUUGAGAUGAGGAAUGACAAACUGAAAUGACAUUCUCACAUAUUAGAUGGAAAUGAGUUGCAAUCUGAACAUAAUAAAUAUAAUAUUGACUUAUCUGUGUUGGUAAUUUAA